GUUCAUUUCAUCGAAAUUUCGAACACAUUAUUGCAUUUAAUUUGUUCGGACAAUGGCCAAGGUUCCACCGAAGAAAAGCGCAGCGAGCUUACCGAUCAGCAGCAUCAGCCGCGGCGGUAAGAACAAUGUUAAUGUUUUUAGGACAAGGAGGUCGUCGGAGGAGAUAUUGGCAUUGUUUAUAACGGUGCUAUGCGGGGGGUGGGCGGUGUAUUAUUACCAGUACCAGAAUUUGCCGGCGGCGCUGACCCUCGAGCAGGCCGGGAGCACGGGGUUCUCGGAGUAUGAGGCAUUAAAACAUGUCCGGAAUUUGACCCAGUGGGGCCCACAUUCCGUCGGGUCCACGGAACUCGACAAUGCAAUAAAGUACGUGGAAAGCGUGGCUUUGGAUAUUAAGGAAAGCGCGAAAGGGAGUGUUGGUGUUAGGGUGGACGUGGAUUUGUUCCAUUCGGCUUCGGGUGCAAACCUUAUGGGCGGCGGAGUAUUCGAUGGGAAGACACCUGCUUAUUCGGAUUUAAAGCACGUUUUGCUAAGAAUUGCGCCAAAAUCAUCUUCUGCAAAUUCAAAUGGGCUUUCGGAUUCUUCGAUUCUUAUCUCUGCCCACAUUGACUCGGUCUUUGCAGCUGAGGGAGCUGGUGACGACUCGUCGUCGGUGGCUACUAUGCUGGAACUUGCUCGAGGGCUUUCUCAGACCACUGCUGAUUUGAAGAAUGGUGUUGUAUUUUUGUUUAAUACCGGAGAAGAAGAAGGUUUAAUGGGUUCUCACGCCUUCAUCACUCAGCAUCCUUGGAGGAAAGAAAUUAAGCUUGCUGUUGAUCUGGAAGCUGUGGGUUUGGGAGGAAAAUCUGGUAUUUUUCAGGCUGGUCCUAAUCCUUGGGCCAUUGAAAACUUUGCUAAGGUAGCAAAAUAUCCAUCUGGUCAAAUUACUUCUCAGGAUUUCUUCUCUUCCGGGUUUUUAAACUCUGCGACAGAUUUUCAAGUAUACAAGGAAGUUGGAGGACUUUCAGGGCUUGACUUUGCAUAUACAGAAAAAACUGCUGUACACCACACUAAGAAUGACAGAACGAAGCUUUUAAAACCUGGUUCUUUGCAACAUCUUGGAGAAAAUAUGGGCCCUUUCAUUUUGCAAGCAGCUUCUUCCGAGCUUCCUUCAAUCAAUGGACUAGAAUCAAAUCUAAAAUCCAAUGAGGACAAACCCAUAUAUUUUGACAUUUUGGGUGAAUACAUGAUUACGUUUAGACAGGGAAAAGCCGAUAUGAUUUAUAAUCUCGCAAUAUUGCUCUCUCUCCUGCUAUGUAUUGCAUUAGUGAUGAUUGGUGGUUAUUCAGCAGCAACAUCGUUGGCCUUAUCUUUUUUGGGUGUCAUACUAAUGUGGAUAUGCUCCAUUGGUUUUGCUUCUAUUGUCGCCUUCUGUCUUCCACUUGUUGUCUCCUCUUCUCCAGUGCCAUAUUUCUCUUCCCCAUGGUUGGCAGCUGGACUGUUUGUUGCACCUGCUCUAUUCGGGGCAUUUGUAGGUCAACACAUAGGUUAUCGUUUGCUUGUAGCAUAUUUGUCCCGUACAUUUAGUGGAAGGAAGGAUCCAUAUACUAGCUUACAGGUCGGUAUGGCUGAAUUGGAUGCUGAAAGAUGGCUCUUUAAAGGAGGUUUACUUCAAUGGCUUCUUGUACUAAUAGCUGGAAAUUACUUGAAGAUUGGUUCUACUUAUUUAGCUCUUGCUUGGUUAAUCUUCCCUGCAAUUGCAUAUGGUCUGUUUGAAGCAACAUGGUCGCUGGAAACAUUGCCGAGUCCACUCAAUACACAGUCUCUGCUAGUUGGCAUGUUUGCUCCUGUUGUGCUCACUGCUGGAGUGGUAAUUCAAUUGGCAGCUACUGUAAUUGGAUUCUCAGUUCGUUUGGUGGGAAAUCCAGGUGCUUCUCCAGACUGGAUUGGAACCAUAAUAGUUGCUAUUUUGAUGGCUGCUAUUGUAUGUUUGACAAUGGUGUACCUUCUGUCAUAUGUUCACAUAUCAGGUGCGAAACUGUCACUUAUCGCUGCUACAGGAAUUCUGUUUGCAAUUUCUCUUGGAGUAGUUUGGGCUGGUGUUGUUCCACCAUUUACAGAAGAUACUUCCAGAGCUGUAAAUAUUGUGCAUGUCGUGGAAACUAAAGGAGAGCAAAGCAGAAGAAGUGAGCCCAUUUCAUACUUAUCGAUGAUCUCAACAACUCCGGGAAACUUGGACAAGGAAGCCUAUCUUAUUGGGGAAGGAUUUAUUUGUGGAAGGGACAGGUACAUCGAUUUUGUUACUUUUCAAGUGAACUACAGUUGCUGGACAGACAAGAAUGCUUAUCUUGGCUGGAAUCAAUCGGACAUUCCGACAAUCACCGUGCAAAAGGAUAUCGUAAAGAGAGGGAUUCGGAAUACUCAGGUGUUACUUGACACCAGAGUCUCUACUCGUUGGGUUCUCAAAAUCAAUAUGAGGGAAAUUGAAGAUUUUCAGUGGAAAGAAGCAAACAGUUCCAAUGAUUUAAUCCCAAGGGGUGAAAAAAGUGUUCUUGAUGGAUGGCAUACCAUUCAGUUUGCCGGAGGGGUCGACUCCUCAAAAAAAUUCAAACUCUCCCUGUUCUGGUUCAAGAAUGGUCCUCAGACAUCCAGCGACGAUCCUCUUCUGAAGCUGAGAACAGAUGUCGAGAGAAACACACCGAUCACUCAAACUGUUCUUGAUAAGCUCCCUGUGUGGUGUACCCUCUAUGGUAAGUCCACAUCUCCACACACACUAUCGUUUCUAACUAGUUUACCGGUAGUAAAGUAAGGGUAGAUUUCGAUGGUUUGUGAUGUAUCCUUGCUUGUUAAGUGAUGGUUAUAUCUUGUGUUAAUAAUGUGUGAACUUGAGGUUGACAUUUCAUGCUUGUGUCGACUCAACUCGACUCGGUGCAUUAGAGAAAACACCUUUAGUGUUUAUUGUUGUUAAGGCAGACAUGAUCCUGUAAUAAAAUCCCCAGUGUGUUUGUGCUUUGCUUAA